UGCUCGUAUUCUACAAACAAAAUGCAGAGCUAAGGGCCCUUUAGCUGCUUUGAUACCAACCCUGUUGAUAAGUUCAAGUUUUCAUUCUUCACGAGAUGUUUAUAUUAAAUGGUUCGGUUCGAGCGUUGAACUGGACGUAUCUUAGACGUCAUGUAAAACUGCCUAACUUAAAGAGCACGUUGUUUAUAUAUUCUCGAGCUCUUUGUGACAACAGCUUGCUACUCCACUCUAGAGUUAACAGCUACGAAGAAGCCUGGAAACAGCCACAUCCUCUCGUUCCAAAAUAUUUCAACUUUGUUGGUGAUGUCAUAGACAAAUGGGCUUCAAAAGAACAAGAUGGACUCAAAGUUGGGAAAGGAGCUUUUUGGUUUGUCCAAGUUGAUGGUGCGGAAGUUUCAUGGAGUUUCAAAGAAUUGUCCAACCUCACCAAGAAAGCAGCCAACGUUUUGGAAAACGACUGUUUCCUUAAAACUGGAGAAAGAAUUAUUGUUAUGCUACCAAAGGUACCGGAAUGGUGGCUAAUCAACUUAGCCGCAAUUCGAGUGGGUCUGAUUUUAUCUCCUGCAAACAUUCAACUGACAGGUAAAGACAUUCUUUACCGAUUUUCAACGUUUCAACCGUCGGCUGUCUUUGUUGAUCACCAGGUGGCUUCUGUAAUAGACCAGAUUGCUGACAAGUGCCCAUCUCUUAGAACCAAAGUACUCGUGAGUAAAGAGGAAAAACACAGAGACGGUUGGCUGUCUUUCCAGUCACUACUGGAGAAAGCUCCUUGCUCUCACCAGUGUGUACAUUCCCGUAGUGACGAGGUCUUCUCCGUAUUCUUCACCAGUGGAACUACAGGUCAUCCCAAGAUGGUGGAACACACCCAUGCAAGCUAUGGAAUAGGACAUCAUUAUACAGCAAAAGUUUUAGAUCUGACAGAAAGCGAUAUCUUUUGGAAUAUUGCCGAUACAGGGUGGGCUAAGACCGCUUGGAGUAGUAUGUUCACACCCUGGUUAGCUGGCUGCUGUGUAUUUGUUCACGAAAUGCCCAAAUUCGACCCAUGUCUCGUUCUUAAGACCCUUGAGAGGUAUCCCAUAUCAACAUUCUGUGCCCCACCGACAGCUUAUAGGCUUAUAGUGCAACAAGAUCUUAAACAGUACAGUUUCUCUCACCUUCAAAACUGCUUGAGUGGAGGAGAACCUCUGGAAACGCACCAUAGAUUUGAAAUAUUUUGCUUUUUUAAAUACCAGACUGCACUAUGUUCGAUGCUCCGAUGUCUCUCUGCUAGGCCUGGAUCGUUUGGCAAGCCUGUACCAGGGAUUCCUCUGACAAUUAUCGACGAUGAAGAAAAGGAAACUCCCCCUGGAGUGGAGGGACACAUAGUUCUGAAAGUUAAACCUCGUCGUCCAAUUGGUCUUUUCAAAGGAUAUACUAACAAUCCUAACAAAAUGGCGUCUGUGUUUAAAGGUGACUACUUCUAUACCGGUGAUCGAGGUUACAAAGACCAAGAUGGAUAUUUUUGGUUUGUGGGGCGAUCUGAUGACAUCAUUAUUUCAUCAGGGUACAGGAUCGGUCCAUUUGAAGUGGAGAGUGCCUUGCUUGAACAUUUUGCAGUAAUGGAAUCAGCCGUUGUUAGCAGUCCAGAUCCAGAGAGAGGAGAGGUGGUGAAAGCAUUUGUGGUUUUAAAGGAAAACUACAGAGAAACUGACCACGACAUCUUGGUUCAGGAGCUUCAGGGGCACGUGAAAUCUCACACUGCCCCUUACAAAUAUCCAAGAAAGAUAGAGUUCGUAGAAGAACUGCCAAAAACUAUCAGCGGAAAGAUAAGACGCAAGGAACUGAGAAUGAAGGAGUGGCAAAAAAAGUAACUUUAAACGAUCUUGGAUGUAUAUAUAUAACACAGAGAAUAUUAGGUUAUUAUAUAUAUAAAUUUGAAAUGAAAAAUAAAACUUUAAAUACUAAUUGGGUGGAGGAUAAAUAUAAAACUUUAGAUUAUAGCAUUUCUAAAGCAGGAAAUAAAAGACGAAAGAGACAACUUUUUGAAACAAUUAUUGAGUAAUUUCUUUCACAACUUGUUCAAAUAUUUAUGCUAGCUACUACUUUAGAGCUUUUAAAUCCUGUUUUGUGUAUUGACUAUAUAUGAGAUUAAAUGAUUAUGUAUGUUUA